CCUCGCGCCGCCCGCCCGGCAGCCCAGCCGGCGCGCGCACGCCGCGAGCCGCUGGCGCUCGGGCUCCGCUCGGAUUCCAUGCCACAGCCAGGAUGUGAAGCGGGGCCGAGCCGGGGGAGCCCAGCCCAGCCAGCCUCCAGGCGCUGCCCCGUCUGAAGCUCGGCUCGAGGCCUCUCUGUAAGGGACCAGGGGGCCAUACCUCCUCCAGGGCGGAGGUUGGAGGUUGCUGCCAAGCAUGGCGGCCACCCGAGGCCCUGGCGUGCCGUCUCUGGUUGGUCCUGUGGGCCUCCUUGUGGUCCUGCUAGUUGGAGGCUGCGUGGCAGAAGAGCCCCCCAGGUUCAUCAAAGAACCCAAGGACCAGAUUGGUGUAUCGGGGGGCGUGGCCUCCUUCGUGUGCCAAGCCACAGGUGACCCCAAGCCACGAGUGACCUGGAACAAGAAAGGCAAGAAGGUCAACUCACAGCGCUUUGAGACGAUCGAGUUUGAUGAGAGUGCAGGUGCCGUGUUGAGGAUCCAGCCACUGCGGACACCCCGGGACGAGAAUGUGUAUGAGUGUGUGGCCCAGAACUCAGUUGGGGAGAUCACGGUCCAUGCCAAGCUCACCGUCCUCCGAGAGGACCAGCUGCCCCCCGGCUUCCCCAACAUUGACAUGGGCCCCCAGCUGAAGGUGGUGGAGCGGACACGGACGGCCACUAUGCUCUGUGCCGCCAGUGGCAACCCUGACCCCGAGAUCACCUGGUUCAAGGACUUCCUGCCUGUGGACCCCAGUGCCAGCAAUGGGCGCAUCAAGCAGCUGCGGUCAGGGGCCCUGCAGAUCGAGAGCAGCGAGGAGACCGACCAGGGCAAAUACGAGUGUGUGGCCACCAACAGCGCCGGAGUGCGUUACUCCUCGCCCGCCAACCUCUACGUGCGAGAGCUUCGAGAAGUGCGCCGUGUGGCCCCUCGAUUCUCCAUCUUGCCCAUGAGUCACGAGAUCAUGCCAGGCGGCAACGUGAACAUCACCUGUGUGGCAGUGGGCUCGCCCAUGCCGUACGUCAAGUGGAUGCAGGGGGCUGAGGACCUGACGCCCGAGGAUGACAUGCCUGUGGGUCGGAACGUUUUGGAACUCACGGACGUCAAGGACUCGGCCAACUACACGUGCGUGGCCAUGUCCAGCCUGGGCGUCAUCGAGGCUGUGGCUCAGAUCACGGUGAAAUCUCUCCCCAAAGCUCCCGGGACUCCAGUGGUGACAGAGAACACAGCCACCAGCAUCACCAUCACGUGGGACUCGGGCAACCCAGAUCCUGUGUCCUACUAUGUCAUCGAAUAUAAAUCCAAGAGCCAAGACGGGCCGUACCAGAUCAAGGAGGACAUCACGACGACACGCUACAGCAUCGGCGGCCUGAGCCCCAACUCCGAGUACGAGAUCUGGGUGUCAGCCGUCAACUCCAUCGGCCAGGGCCCACCCAGCGAGUCUGUGGUGACUCGCACUGGUGAGCAGGCACCAGCUAGCGCGCCACGCAACGUGCAGGCCCGUAUGCUGAGCGCGACCACCAUGAUCAUCCAGUGGGAAGAGCCGGUGGAGCCCAACGGCCUGAUCCGGGGCUACCGUGUCUACUACACCAUGGAACCUGAGCACCCUGUGGGCAACUGGCAGAAACACAACGUGGACGACAGCCUGCUGACCACCGUGGGCAGCCUGCUGGAGGACGAGACCUACACCGUGCGGGUGCUGGCCUUCACCUCGGUGGGCGACGGGCCCCUCUCGGACCCCAUCCAGGUCAAGACUCAGCAGGGAGUGCCAGGCCAGCCCAUGAACUUCCGGGCUGAGGCCAAAUCAGAGACCAGCAUCGGGCUCUCAUGGAGCCCUCCGCGGCAGGAGAGCAUCAUCAAAUAUGAGCUGCUCUACCGGGAAGGCGACCACGGCCGAGAGGUUGGGAGGACCUUUGACCCAACAACGGUGUUUGUGGUGGACGACCUCAAGCCGCACACAGAGUACGCCUUCCGCCUGGCGGCGCGCUCGCCGCAGGGUCUGGGCGCCUUCACGUCGGUGGUGAGGCAGCGUACGCUGCAGUCCAUCUCACCCAAGAACUUCAAGGUGAAGAUGAUCAUGAAGACAUCGGUCCUGCUUAGCUGGGAGUUCCCCGACAACUACAACUCCCCCACGCCCUACAAGAUCCAGUACAACGGGCUGACGCUGGACGUGGAUGGACGCACCACCAAGAGGCUCAUCACACACCUCAAGCCCCACACCUUCUACAACUUCGUGCUGACGAACCGUGGCAGCAGCCUGGGCGGCCUCCAGCAAACAGUCACUGCCUGGACCGCCUUCAACCUGCUCAGCUCCAAGCCCAGCGUGGCCCCCAAACCCGACGCUGACGGCUUCGUCUUGGUGUACCUGCCCGAUGGCCAAAGCCCCGUGCCCGUCCAGAACUACUUCAUUGUGAUGGUGCCACUGCGCAAGUCUCGGGGAGGUCAGUUCCUGACCCCGCAGGGCAGCCCAGAGGAGAUGGAUCUGGAAGAGCUUAUCCAGGACAUCUCACGGCUACAGAGGCGCAGCCUGCGGCACUCGCGCCAGCUGGAGGUGCCCCGGCCCUACAUUGCAGCUCGCUUCUCGGUGCUGCCUCACACCUUCAGUCCCGGUGACCAGAAGCAGUAUGGUGGCUUCGACAACCGGGUCCUGGAGCCCGGUCACCGAUACGUGCUCUUUGUGCUGGCCGUGCUGCAGAAGAGUGAGCCUACAUUCGCGGCCAGCCCCUUCUCAGACCCCUUCCAGCUGGAUAACCCUGACCCUCAGCCCAUUAUAGAUGGUGAGGAGGGCCUCAUCUGGGUGAUUGGGCCCGUGCUGGCCGUGGUCUUCAUCAUCUGCAUUGUCAUCGCCAUCCUCUUGUACAAGAACAAACCUGACAGUAAACGCAAAGACUCGGAGCCUCGUACCAAAUGCCUCCUGAACAAUGCUGACCUCGCCCCCCACCACCCCAAGGACCCUGUGGAGAUGAGACGCAUUAACUUCCAGACCCCAGGUAUGCUCAGCCACCCGCCCAUCCCCAUCGCGGACAUGGCGGAACACACGGAGCGCCUCAAGGCCAAUGACAGCCUCAAGCUCUCCCAGGAGUACGAGUCCAUCGACCCAGGGCAGCAGUUCACGUGGGAACAUUCCAACCUGGAAGUGAACAAGCCCAAGAACCGCUAUGCCAACGUCAUCGCCUACGACCACUCCCGUGUCAUCCUCCAGCCCAUUGAAGGCAUUGUGGGCAGCGACUACAUCAACGCCAACUACGUAGACGGCUACCGGCGGCAGAAUGCGUACAUCGCCACUCAGGGCCCACUGCCGGAGACCUUCGGCGACUUCUGGCGCAUGGUGUGGGAGCAGCGCUCGGCCACCAUCGUCAUGAUGACACGGCUCGAGGAGAAGUCACGGAUCAAAUGUGACCAAUACUGGCCCAACCGUGGCACAGAGACCUAUGGCUUCAUCCAGGUCACGCUGCUGGACACCAUCGAGCUGGCCACAUUCUGCGUGCGGACCUUCUCACUCCACAAGAAUGGCUCCAGUGAGAAGCGGGAGGUCCGGCAAUUCCAGUUCACAGCCUGGCCAGACCAUGGGGUACCAGAGUACCCAACCCCCUUCCUGGCCUUCCUGCGGAGAGUCAAGACCUGCAACCCGCCUGAUGCAGGCCCCAUCGUGGUCCACUGCAGCGCCGGCGUGGGCCGCACGGGCUGCUUCAUCGUCAUCGAUGCCAUGCUGGAGCGCAUCAAGCCAGAAAAGACGGUGGACGUGUACGGCCACGUCACGCUUAUGCGGUCCCAGCGCAAUUACAUGGUGCAGACAGAAGACCAGUACAGCUUCAUCCACGAGGCCCUGCUCGAGGCCGUGGGGUGCGGCAACACCGAGGUGCCCGCCCGCAGUCUCUACGCCUACAUCCAGAAGCUGGCUCAGGUGGAGCCCGGCGAGCACGUCACGGGCAUGGAGCUGGAAUUCAAGCGGCUGGCCAACUCCAAGGCGCACACAUCCCGUUUCAUCAGUGCCAACCUGCCUUGUAACAAGUUCAAGAACCGCCUGGUGAACAUCAUGCCCUACGAGAGCACGCGGGUGUGUCUACAGCCCAUUCGUGGCGUGGAGGGCUCUGACUACAUCAACGCCAGCUCCAUCGAUGGCUACAGGCAGCAGAAGGCCUACAUCGCAACGCAGGGCCCACUGGCAGAGACCACGGAGGACUUCUGGCGCAUGCUGUGGGAGAACAACUCCACCAUCGUGGUGAUGCUGACCAAGCUGCGCGAGAUGGGCCGGGAGAAGUGUCACCAGUACUGGCCAGCUGAGCGCUCAGCCCGCUACCAGUACUUCGUGGUGGACCCCAUGGCGGAAUACAACAUGCCUCAGUAUAUCCUUCGGGAGUUCAAGGUCACAGACGCCCGGGAUGGCCAGUCCCGGACUGUCCGGCAGUUCCAGUUUACAGACUGGCCGGAGCAGGGCGUGCCAAAGUCAGGGGAGGGUUUCAUCGACUUCAUCGGCCAAGUGCAUAAGACCAAGGAGCAGUUCGGCCAGGAUGGUCCCAUCUCCGUCCACUGCAGUGCUGGCGUGGGCAGGACCGGGGUCUUCAUCUCGCUCAGCAUCGUGCUGGAGCGGAUGCGGUACGAGGGCGUGGUGGACAUAUUCCAGACAGUGAAGAUGCUACGGACCCAGCGGCCGGCCAUGGUGCAGACGGAGGACGAGUACCAGUUUUGUUACCAGGCGGCGCUGGAGUACCUCGGAAGCUUUGACCACUAUGCAACCUAA